AUGUCCUCAGUGAACGAUUCCUCGCCUUACGACAGCGACGACUUCGACGAAGAUGGAGUUGACGACGACGGCGUCGAUGAAAACAGCAUCGAGAGCGAUCCUGAUGAUGGCUUGACUACCUUUCGAUACAAAGACCUCCCCACUGAAGUGCGAACCAUGAUUCUUGCACACCUGGUCCCUCAAGGAGGCCGCUGUGCACUCGAUCCCACGAACAUCAAACGUCCAGGUGCCUUUGUCGAUACAGGUGGCGACCGUGGCAUCAUGCGAUAUCUUCUUGUCUCGAAAGCAUUCCAUGAUGGACUCGUUCCUAUUCUGUACCGAGCAAACGAAUUUUGCCUAAUCGAGCCUCUCUCUCACCACGAUUCUCUGACCAAGAUUGGUCCUCUUGCGCUUCAAAGCAUCAGUCACCUAACAGUCAAGGUCGCCCGGGGUAUGGAAGAUCUUGGGAAGAUCUGGGAGACUGUUGUCAACACUUGUCAUGCCCUGGAGACUCUCACGCUGGUAUUCUAUCACGAGAUUAAGUACUGGAUGCGAGUACUGGCGGAUCUGAUUGUCGCGUCCGACCCGAAGCCGAAGAUUGACGUCCUGCUGUAUUCAAGUAUCUGGGCGGCCCAAGACACCAAGCAUACGAAGAUCAAAGCCGACAUGGAGGCCUCCCUAGCAGCCGCUGGACGAAGAACGAUGUUCAUGCAAUAUAAGCCGCUCCCUGCGAAGAUCAAAACCUUGCGCAUCUCAGCAUCGACUUGCGAUGCCGCUGCCUACGGUCUGCUCACCACCAAGUUCAAGGAUAGAACUGUGUUCCAGAUCAACGCCGGGCAGGAAAGUGAGCUUUACAGCCAUCUCACUUGCAAGAAGAUCUAG